CCGGGGCGGGAGCGCUGCCUCCUGCGCGGCAAGCACGUUUCUGCAGGUCGCCUUCGCUCUCUGGCCCGGUGGCCGGCUGGGGCCCUCCGGGAAGGACGGGAGGGCGAGGGCCUGCGGGGACGGUGGAAAUAGCAGCAGUCCAGAAUUCACGGUGAAUCAGUCAGUAACAAGCAAAUGUGCCUACACAAUGGGAGAGAAACAGAAAGUGGACCCAUUUUCCACUUUUAGCUUUCCAAAAACCUGUCAGACUUGACAUGGGAUCCAUGCUGAUGGACACAAUUGACCUCAUCAAAAUGGUGGACUUAGAAGAAAGCCAGCUCUGCCCCUUUAUUCCCUUAAAGGACUAUCAAGAUUCUCUUCCUUUAUCUUAAGAUAUUUUGUAAGAGAUGGAGAGCAUGACAGAACUUUCACCAUCUAUAAGCGCGGAAAGCUCUGGAGUGUUAGCUGACUUCCAGUCGCUGGCAAAUGGAUCGGAUGGAUCUGUCCAUACAGAUUCUCUUUCACCAGCAUCAAGCCCCUCAUCUGUGAAUCUUGCCGCUCUUCCAAAUAGCAAAGAUGAGCUCCCCAGUGUGGUUUUAAACAUUGAAUGUAGAAUCUGUGGAGAUAAAGCAUCGGGCUAUCACUAUGGAGUCCAUGCGUGUGAAGGCUGCAAGGGCUUCUUCAGGCGAACUAUCAGGCUAAAACUGGUUUACGACCGAUGCGAUCGCAACUGCAAAAUCCAGAAAAAGAACCGUAACAAGUGCCAAUACUGUCGUUUUCAGAAGUGCCUUUCCGUUGGAAUGUCUCAUAAUGCAAUUCGAUUUGGACGGAUGCCCAGAUCAGAGAAGGCAAAGCUGAAAGCUGAAAUUCAAACAGGUGAACUUUGUAUAGAAAAUUCCGAAGUCGCGGAUCUUAAAUCACUUGCCAAGAGAAUUUAUGAAGCCUAUUUGAAAAACUUUAAUAUGACCAAGCUCAAAGCCAGGCUCAUACUUGUGGGGAAAGCCAGUAACAAUCCUCCAUUUGUCAUACAUGAUAUGGACACGUUGUGCAUGGCCGAGAAGACGCUGGUGGCAAAGCUGGUGGGCAACGGCAUCCAGAACAAGGAGGCCGAGGUGAGAAUUUUCCACUGCUGCCAGUGCACCUCGGUGGAGGCUGUCACAGAACUUACGGAAUUUGCCAAAUCAAUUCCUGGCUUCUGUAGCCUAGACCUGAAUGACCAGGUGACCCUGUUGAAAUAUGGGGUUUAUGAAGCCAUCUUUGCCAUGCUGGCCUCCAUGAUGAACAAAGAUGGCAUGCUUGUUGCUUAUGGAAAUGGUUUCAUAACGCGAGAAUUCCUCAAAAGCUUAAGGAAGCCUUUUUGUGAUAUCAUGGAGCCGAAGUUUGACUUUGCAAUGAAAUUCAACGCCUUGGAGUUAGAUGACAGUGACAUCUCUCUCUUCGUGGCUGCUAUAAUAUGUUGUGGAGAUCGGCCAGGCCUGGUAAACAUAGGACACAUUGAAAAGAUGCAGGAAAGCAUUGUACACGUACUAAAACUUCACUUAGAAAGCAACCAUCCGGAUGACAUCUUCCUAUUCCCCAAACUUCUCCAGAAACUGGCAGAUCUCCGGCAGCUUGUCACAGAACACGCUCAGCUUGUUCAGAUAAUCAAAAAGACUGAAUCCGAUGCACACUUACAUCCUUUGCUACAAGAAAUAUACAGGGAUAUGUAUUAAGGUGGUUUCAGUUUUGUACCAUAGGUAAAGCAGUAGCGACACGACCAGCCACCUCAGCCAGAUGGUCUCCGUUGUGCUUCAGAUGGAACAUUUGCGAUCCUAAAAUCUAGGUAACUGGAAUAUCUGCUUCUCUUGCAGGAAUUCAGUAAUUGAAGGACGUUGCAUAAUGUAGAGAGAGAUGAUGAUAAGCUGUGAUUGAUUUGAAAUUUGGGCCAUGGUGGGAAUUUUGUCGUGCCACAACUUAACAUAACUCACGAAUAGAAUGCCUUCUGACGUUUCUGCACUUUUAAGCAUUUGUCCCCUGCUUCAUUAAUGGGUGAAAGCUAGUAGUUUGGACCGGGAUCCAAAGAGCCAUGGGGGGGGCAGUGGCCGGAAGGGCUCUGAGGUUGUGUUUCUUUCACAGUUUGCAGGAUGAAUUAUAUAUACUUGAAACUCAGGGAUGUUUCGAAAACAGAGAAGGUCAGAGGGUUGGCCAUUAAAGGGGGAAAGGGGAUAUAUUUUAGAUGCAUCUAAAUUUGUUCUUGAGAUCGGUUGCAUUUGGUACUAGAUCAGUGACCACAGAAGAGUUUUUUUUUUUUUUUAAAUACACUACUUUUUUUUGGCUAAGGUUGCAAUCCUAAAUAUGCUUUCCAGGAAGUACGUUCCAUAGAACUAUGUGAAGCCUCUAUAAGGUUAGCUGUGUAGUACCGAAGACUCUGGGUGAGCCCUGAUGGAAUGGGGGAGUGAAGAUUUUCUCCUUCCUUCCUUAGCCCCACCACCUCCUCAAAAUGUACCUCUGAGGGCUGGUGGGAGGGCAGAGUCUCGGGGGGGGGGCGGGGAACAGCCAAAUUUGAAGAGAAGUUGGAUUCCAUCAUUGUGCCGGAUCUUAAGGACUUUGGAAUCUCGGUGGAAUAGGAGCUUCUUCUUACUCUGAUAUGAAUCAAGCUGCGUGACUGAUAACCCAGGCCUAAAACCCCCUUAGUUCUACAGACUAAGGUGGGGCUCAUAGUUUGGCUUCACUUUGGGUGUCAGCUUGAAUUUUCUAAACAAAUGAUGUCAGACUGGAAUUGAAAUGGACUGUAAUCCCGCAUUUAAGGACGAAGAGUACCAUGUUUUGUGGAAGCAAUGUUGAAUACCAUCGGCAUGUAAUUUGCACUGAAAUGUGGAAGAGAAAUCGAGAGUUACUUAACACUAUGGACAUUUCCCAGUUUGGUGGUGGUCGAAGAGGCUAGAAGUCCUUUUGAAAAGGGACGAAACUGCAGCCCAAUCCUUAAAUGGUGGCUUGAUUAAUCUACAGCAGGGUUUCUCAACUGUGGCAACUUUAAGACGGGUGGACUUCAACUCCCAGAAUUCCCCAGCCAGCAUAUGUUGAAGUCCACCCGUCUUAAAGUUGCCACGAUUGAGAAGCCCUGGUCUAUGGAUUUGUCUAAGCCAAAUCUUCCACUUGUAGUGUCUUGUGUAUUUUUAAGACAGUGGAUGUCACAAGUACCAGCAUAGACAGUGUUAGACUUUUAAGGCCUUUAGAUCAUUCAGAUAAUUUAAUACAUUGCAUUUAGUAACCAGGUAUCUUCUAAAACCAUAAUAUUUGAAAUGCUUUGUAUUCUCGAGGGUUGUUUAUUCACCUUUGUUUGGUCAUCUGAACACAAAUUCCAAAGGGGGCUUGUGAUCUUUCAAUGCUAUAUACAACUAUCACUUCAGUUUGCCCUACAAAGGCUUUGAUUUUGGAAAAAUCCCAAAUUUGUCUCAGUUAAAUUAUCUCUCCGGGAGCUCCAUCUUGUAAGAUCUUACAAUAAUUUAGGCGUCCGUUUUUGUGGGUGGUACUUUUUUUUAAAAACCCUGAUUUCUAAAAAUUAUGAAAAGUAUCUGAUGUUUUCCAAAAUCAAAUUGGAAUUAUAAUUAUCUGUAUAUUCUUAAUCAUUUUAGGGGUGAGGAUUUCAUACCAUGGAAAAUAGGCCUGCUUUCUGCAGAGCUCCAAACAACAUUUGACAGGCUAGAAGUUCUUUUAUAAUCAAAGUGUCUUGGACAAACUGUGUGGAAAUCAUAGGCAAAAAUUGUUGAUUUGCGUUAUUUAGAAGCCAACUUUCUUGCAGGGAGUGAUUUUAUUUUAUCAGUUUAUCCCUUACUUUACUUAAAAGUGGCAUUUACUGAUACUGGCUUCCAACUGACCAGAUCUUUCCCUUGUUUGUAAUCUACCAUCAUUUAAACUGUCAUAAGAUGCUAGUUCUGAACUUCCCCACAUGAAACUGACUCGUAAGAAUUAGAAUGGGAGAAAGAAUUCAGACAGAACGGCAGUUUAAGUGCCAAUAAAUUUUAAUAGAAACACAUUGUCUAAAAGUAUGGUAUAAAACUGUUUGCACUAUUAUUCAGAUUACUCAGGAUUGGGGCAAUAAGAUAGAAAUUAACGUUGGGAAGGUUUGUUUCCCCAAAGUAAAACCGACUACCUCAACAAAUUGAAAAAAAAAAACCCGUUGUAAAUCAAAUUGUUCAAGAAAUACUAAUUUAUCAUACUGACAGGCUCAGGAAGGCCUGUGCCUGUGAACCAGAAACAUUUUUCAUACUUUCACCAUGUGAACAGUCUUUGGAGAUAAAAUAAAUGUCUUGCUAUUCUGCUUUUUAAAAAUAUAUAAUUUUUUUUCCCAAAAAAGUGGAAACUUGCAUUCAUAUUAUAUUAUUGCUGCUGGUUUGACCUCUGCUAUGUUGGUGUUCUCUGUGUUGCAUAACCUUUCACUGCUCCUUUUUACUUGCACAUGACGGGAGUUGUGCAAAGGGCGGCCGCAUCGACGGGGCACCCGGAUUGGCGCGCGCUCGGCUGGAUGCCUCCCUGUGAAUUGGCAAUAGGGGGGUGGGAGGGGAAUCUGCCUAAAUAUUCUUUAUAGGUGUUUGUCUCCUAGCACAUGAAGUUUAACCAAUUUCACACUACGGCAAGAUUUUAUGCAUCAAAACUCUUGUGGAGUACUGAUGAUUUCUUUAUGCCCCUUAGCUAGCUAGCUAGCUAGCUAGCUAGCUAAAUAAAUAAAUAAAUAAAUAAAUAAAUUGCUAAGGGGCAUAUAUUUUUAUAUAUAUAUAGCUAAGGGGCAUACAGAAUAGAGAGAGAGAGAGAGAGCGAGCGCACACUAAGGGGCAUAAAGAAAUCAUUAGUACUGAUAUAUAUAUCAGUAUAUAUAUAUAUUGAAGGAGAUUCUGUUGAAAUCAGGUCCAGACACCACAUGGCCAAACCAUUUCUUGAAAUGGCCUGUUUUAAUGACCUUGUUUUGGUGAAGAGGAAGCUGGAGCCAGGACCUCAAAUGCUAUUUUUAGCUGAAACCUAACAGGCAGAAUUGUUUGCUGUGUGAUGGGGAUGAUAACGGAGCAUUGACCUGAUAAGUAGAUUUUUUUUCUGAGAAGGGAAUUUACACGGGUUGGUCUUCUGCAUUGGGUUGAAUUCCUUCGUGCCAGAAAGGGCGUUUAGGCUGCCUCGGAUGGAGACCGUUGGAACUUCAGUGGGACAACGAGGGUUUCCCAGCACAGACCUACCCUGCUUGCGUCCUCACAUUGCAUAACCCCACCCUUGUUUCCAUCACUUCAUGUUUUUGUGGGCGUUGGGGAAGGGAUUUUACGCUCAUGCGGACCCACCCGCCCUAUUUUCUGCCUCUGGUGAGAGAGUUAGGAGGUCAUGUCACUGUUUGAUUGAACGCACUGGAGGUUUUCAUCCGUGUUGUGUGAAAUUGACAUGAACAAUCUUACUGAAUAUUAAUGUCACAGGUUUUAAAUACAAUAGGAGGUUAAUUAAAUAAUAGUAAUAAUCUAACUGAGAUGUCAAGUGUUAGUGGAUGAGUGGGAAAUCCAUUGUGAGCUGGUGGGAAGCAUAAUACUCGGCUUGUCAUCGAUGUGCUGAUGUGCCAGUUUGAGAGGAUCACGUAACGUAAAUGUUUACAGUUACUAUGCAUUCGAUUUUUUUGUCUUACGUGGAGAGGAUUUAAUCUUGAGGCUUCAUAGGAAUCGUUUGACCUCCCGGAUGACUUUCACGAGUAACGAAUUUAAAUGGAGGGAUAACAUGCACUGAAUUUGCACUGUAUUUGUAACUAAAGCUUUUAAAAAUACCUUGGCAGCCCCGUAAAAUCACCUGUACCGCUCUUGAAUCCAAUGAGACGGGGUGAGAUUCCGGUAUCGUUGAAAUUCAUGGGAGAGAUUUGUAGCACCCUUCUUGGUGAAUUAUGCCAGUUAACAGUGGCAGUUGCCGUGUCUGGCCCCCUUCCGUUGGCUGCGCCUCCUCUGAUAUCUAUAGCAAGAUACAAAGCCUUAAUGCUUAUAUUCAGUUCUACUGACUUACAUGUUAUAAAGACUGACCUCGUAUCGGGAACGUCUGCAGCGUAAGGCCACAGAAGUCAAGAUGACGGUGGGAUUGAGCUCUGUCUGUUCUUUCAGUGCGUCAUGGACACACAAGAGCGGGUCACGCUUUGAUCGCACCGUCACAGACGCCAUCCUGAUUUUUUUUACCAUGCCUGCAGACACCCCUGCCUCAGGUAAAGCAGUUGUUGGUAAAGGCAGUUUAAAUAUUUGUAGCUCAAGUUUUGUUUGGAAGCAUUCUAGUAUAAUAUUGACAAUGUAAGUGAUAAAUUAAGCGCAACCACCUUUAAAGAUGGGUUUUUGCCAUGCAAGCUUACGUCAGGCUCAUCAUGCCCAUUUUAAGCAGACGUGAACUGUAAUACUGACUACGACUUCAUCCAUAACUUAAUUUUUCUGCACUUUUUUCCUGGUCUGAGGCAGCAAUAAAACAAAACCAAUGAAGAAUUCAGUCAACUGUAUUGUACUAUAAUUGUCUGCUUUCCAGUGCCUUGUCUCUGAAUGGUUUGGAGUUACCUUGCAUCUCUUAAGCUAUUUCCAAGUUGUAGAGCAAAACACCGAAAGGAGAUCAAAAAUGGGAGCUCAUCUCCAUAUUUAGAUUGUACGGAGGCUGCACUUGUACGAUUAUGACUCAGUGGUUAGGGAAGAAUUGUAGAUUUAGCCCAAGGAUUUAAUAGAUAUUUUUGGUAUUCGGCUUCUUUUGUUAAAUUGUAAAGUAUUCUCACGGUAAACUGAAAAGUCCACAAUGGGAUGAAAAUACUUGUUGACUAUAAAUGGGCAAAUUCCCUUUGAAUUCUAUUUCCGUGUCAAUUCUUGAGGGAUCAGGGAAAAAAUGAAGCUGAAAAUGUUGUAGCAGUUUACUAAGCCGUAUCCCAAAGAUCGUUGUCGACAAACAUUGCGAAGCAUCCUUAGUGGUUUGUUUAAUGACAGAGAAGGGGAAGAGUUUCCAGUUGGGACUUCGUUUCAUGUUUCUUUUCUCACUCCCCUUAUAAAGGGCUGGUACCCGGUAAUUACGCACCUCAGUAGUUCUAUGUCAGGGCACUUUUUGAGCACUUUUACUCCUAUAAGUCCCCCUAUUAUUCCUGUUCCGUAAUGGGGGAAGAGAAACAAUGCAAGUUUAUGCUUCUUAAUAUGCACAACGUCACCUCUUGGCCAUCAUCUUGGAACGUAUCGGAGGGCAGUUGCUAAGUUCACUUAGAGUUCUUGCAAACUCUACAGAAGCGUGGCGUGUCCCUCAGUGCCGCUCGCAGAAUAGGACCAGCUGUUGGUUAUGUUUGACAUAUUCAAGGGAAUCAGAGCAGAUGCACUAUGCAUUUUUUAGUCCCGAAUUGUAUAAAGCAGUGUUGUCCAAACUUGGCCACUUUAAGAUGAGUGGACUUAAACUCCCAGAA